CCCAGCAUAACAUAUAAAUAUUUGCCGAAGAAAACUUCAGCUUCUCAGACAAGAUCAGACGGUGUGCUGUUGCUUCGUAGCCGUGUUUUUAAUCCUCGUUGGCCUGGAGAAUUUUUUCUUAAACUAGAAAACGAAUGUCGGUCCCAAUGAGCUACUACCACAAACCAAGAACAAACCCUCUUGACAACAGAACCCUCUUUCAAUUUCUCGACCACAACACCACUCAACAUCCUGACAAAGAAGCCAUCGUUUUCUACAACGAAAACAGCAACCGCUCCUGUCUGACAUUCCAGCAACUCAAAGACCAAUCCAUCAAGUUUGCGGCUUCACUUCUCAAACUUGGCUUCAAAAGAGGCGACAGAGUUCUCAUCUACGCUCCCAACAGUCUUGAGUUUGUUAUUUGCUGGAUAGCGUUAAUUCGAAUUGGAGCAUGCCCAGUGCUGAAAAGUCCUGGAGACGUUGAAUGGCAGGAAUUUGAUUUAGCUAAAGAACUCAAGUGCAGAGGUUUAAUAUGUAGUCUUAAUGUCACAGAAAGCAUAAGAAGUCGGUUAGUGAGUGAGAUUGCAUCUGAUCAUGCGCAGUCAAACGUAGAAAUUAUCAUCACGAUUGACCAAGAUGAUGUCGUUAUUGCGCAUGCGCAGGUGCACAAGUUUGAAGAUCUCAUAAAGCAAAGCAAGGAAGACGAAGUGAUUGAGGUCAAAACUACCCAGACCAAGAUAGACGCGGAAGAGACAUUACUCGUAUGUUUUACAUCUGGAAGUAUAGGAAAGCUAAAGGCUGUUUCCUUCACUCAUCACAAUGUUGUAAACGCGUUCAAUCUAACCAUUUCUGGAAUCACCGCUGGUACAACAAAAGUCUGCCUCGCAAGGUACAUGGCUUGGAGUUACGGAGCCGUUCUGCUCGCCAGUACUCUGAUCAAUGCCAUGACUUGCAUUACAUGUGUUUGCAGUAAUAUAUCAAUGAAGGAUUCUUUCAAAUAUCUUUUUGAUAUUGUUGAGAAAGAACAAUGCACAGGGUGUGGUAUUCCACCUCAACAUGUACAUCAACUUGUCCGAAACAAAUUCCACAACAGUCAUGAAUUUUCUUCCUUGAAAACCUGGAGCUUUGGCAGCCAGAUCAUCCAUCGUAAAACAAUUCAAUCUCUCCUGGAGGUCUUUCCUGAUAAAAGGUCUAUUCUUGUGUACGCAGCAACCGAGGUACUUACAGUUGCAAUUCAGCCAUUAUGUCACUCAACCAUCACCAAGAAAGAAGACUACGGCAAAAUGUACAUGCUACCCGACAUCGAGGUCAAGGUCAUCGAUGAACAAGGUCACGUGGUUCCUCUAGGGAACAAAGGAGAAAUCUGUGUGCGUGGACCAAAGGUCUUCCUCGAGUAUCUCGAGGAUCCCGAGGGAUCAGCAAAGGCAAAGAAGGCCAAUGGAUGGGUUCACACUUCUGACUAUGGAAUCAUGUUUGACCGAGCGAGGAUAAAAGUACUGGGGAGAAAAACUGAUUUGAUUGACAGCCAAAAUCAGACUGUGUUUCCGGUUGAAGUGGAGGAGAUCCUGAUUGAGCACCCAGAUGUCUUGGAUGUCGUAGCUGUUGGAGUACCUAGGAAUGACGGGAAGGAAGACAUCUGCGCAUGCGUCAUUGAGGCUCCUGGGUCGAACCUGAAGGAGAAAGUCGAAGAGCUACACAAAUGGUGUGAGCAGGAAUACUCCGUUGCUAAUAGCAACCACCUUAAACCUAAAUACAUUAUAACUUUAGAGGCUUUCCCUAUCGCUCGUUCUKGUAAAAUAGAUCGUCGCGCUAUGGCCCAAUUAGCAAAACUGAAUGUGUAUUUCCUUAACAAGAUGGCUUCAAUGAUGAGCUACUACCACAAACAAAGACCAAACCCACUUGAAAAUCGAAGGGUCUUUGAGUAUCUAGACGAGAACGCAUCUAGAAUACCUGACAAAGAAUUACUGGUUUUCUUUGAUGAGUACAACAAAAGGUCCUCGCUUAGUUUCAAGGAGUUCAGUGAUCGUACCCGGUCCCUUGCCGCAGCCCUGGCCGAGCAGGGCAUAAGACGAGGGAAUACUGUUCUCAUCUGCGCCCCUAACUGCCAUGAGUAUGCGAUCGCCAUUCUUGCGUUAAGUCGUAUUGGGGCAUGCGCGUUCAUGCUCAACUCAUUCGAUCUGACAGAAGCAAUGGAGAAUCAGCUUAGAAAACUGAAAUGCGAGGGAGUUAUUUUUGGUCUUGACCUAGAAGUCGACCCCCAAGAAAGAGAACGGGCUUUAGAGGUACUGAAAGGUUUAAUUGCUCUAAGCUCAGAUCAGAAUAAUUUCCUAAAAAUGGUAGCUUUGAUUGGGGGAAAUGAAAAUACGAAGAGUGAAAUCCAACAUGAGAAUGUUUCGACCUUCGAAGAGUUGCUUGAAAAGGGGUCCCACAUGGGUAAAUCUGCCCUAGAUGAGCUCCAAAGAAAUGUUGACAGCGAGGAUCUUUUGUUUGCUAUCCAAUCUUCUGGUACAAAUGAGCAGCGCAAAGCUACCGGCCUCACUCACCAUUGCAUUGUCAAUGUGAUUAAUCUCGAUGUACAAGGCGGCUUUGAAGAAGAUUCUGUGACAUUCUCAGGUUGGCCAAUCUGCUGGGCUAGUGAAACACCAGCGUUUAUCGCAGCUACAAUGGUGGGUUUCACUUUCAUUACUGCACCGUUCUCCAAGAUCACGUCUGAAGAUUCGUUCCACUUCAUGCUCAAAAUCAUCGAGCAGGAAAAAUGUGAUGACUGCCAUAUUCCACAACAACAUGUCGCGAAACUCCUAUCAGAGAACUUCCAGGACAAGUAUGAUUUGUCAACUGUUGAAAGCUUUGGUUAUGGCGGCCAGUUUGUUCCUCGCAAGACUAUCCGUUCGCUCUUGAAUGCCUUCCCUUCAAAGUUUGCGAUCUUGUUGUACGCAUCCACAGAAGCCCUGCUUGUAGGACUCCAGCCAUUAACCAAAGAAAGUUUAGACAAUUCUGACGACUUUGGAAAGAUGUUUAUUGUGCCUGACAUGGAAGUUAAGAUCGUAGAUGAAGAAGGAUUGGUUGUUCCUCUCGGGACAAAAGGUGAAAUCUGUGUUCGCGGGCUCAAGAUCUUUAAGGAGUACAUCGGGAAUCCCGAAGCAACGUCGAGGGCAAAAACGAAAUCCGGAUGGUUCUUCUCGAAGGAUUAUGGCAUCAUGUACGAAGGUGGGAAGAUAAAAAUCAUGGGAAGAGAGUCAGACAUCAUCUUACGAGGAGACCAAAAGUUCUUCCCAAUAGAGUUCGAAGAUAUCUUACAAGAGCAUCCGGAUGUCCUUGCAGCUAUAGUUGUUGGCGUUCCUGAUAAACUUCUCAAGAAAGAGAUAUGCGCAUGCGUGAUUGAGGUUCCCGGAUCUAAUUUAAAAUCGAGGGUUGCUGAGCUGAAGGAAUGGUGCAACAAGGAGUUUUCUAAGUCCCCGGAUGUUAAAGGCGUGGUCCCUAAGUAUUUUGUAUUUAUGGAAGAAUUUCCUAUAAAAAGUCGUUUGAAAAUUCAUCGUCAAGCUAUUGAGCAGUUUGCCGUUAACAAACUAGGACUGCAGUAAUUGUAAAUUUUCAAACUAAUGAGAAUCAACUGAAUGCACGAGUUUAAUAUAUUUUUUUGCUUACUUGUACGUACAUUAGAUUUUUCCUACUGAAAUUUUAUUGCAACACUUUGGUUGCUUCCGAAAAUUUAUUCCUCAUUCUUAAAUUUAU